AAAAGAUUUUUGGUUUGUUUUUUAGUGUUUUUGAUUCUGGGUUUUUGAUAAUGUCGUCGACUGCUUCAUCGGAGAUGCAAGAACCGAGCAUCGACACCGACAAGUUAAGCUACGAAAUAUUUUCGAUUCUUGAAAGCAAGUUUUUGUUUGGGUACGAUGAUGAUCAGAAGCUAUGGAUUCCGAAACCGAUUUUGCCGGCGUCUGAACCGAGGCCGUUGAUUCAACCGGCUGACGAGAAUAGCGCGUCGGCGAUCAAGAACCAGAGAGGUAAAAUCUGUAUUCUGAGCAUCGAUAGUGGCGGCAUGAGGGGGAUUCUUAGCGGGAAAGCUUUGGCUUAUCUGGAACACGCGUUGAAAUCCAAGUCCGGUAAUCCGAAUGCUCGAAUCGCCGAUUAUUUCGACGUCGCCGCCGGUUCCGGCGUCGGUGGAAUCUUCACCGCUAUGCUUUUCGCUACCAGAGAUGGCAGCCGCCCGGUUUUUACCGCCGAGGAGACGUGGCGGUUCCUUGCUGAGAAUGGGAAACGGAUGUACCGGUCCGGGAAUGGUAAAAACGGCGGUAUUUUGAAGAAGAUUUUGAAAAACGGUUCGGCCGGGUCGGGUUCAACCGGUUUGGAAAAAGUGGUUAAGGAGGCGUUCAAGGCGGACGGUUCGGAUGGAAGGAGUUUAACGUUGAAGGAUACGUUGAAACCGGUUUUGAUCCCCUGUUACGAUCUUUCGAGCACAGCGCCGUUUUUGUUCUCGAGGGCGGAUGCACUGGAGACGGACAGUUUCGAUUUCCCGUUAUCGGAUGUCUGUCGGGCGACGUCUGCUGAACCGGGUUUAUUUGAACCGGUUAUGAUGCGGUCGAUAGAUGGUCAAACCAGUUGUGUGGCGGUCGACGGUGGGUUGGCGAUGAGUAACCCGACGGUGGCCGCGAUCACGCACGUGUUGCAUAAUAAACAGGAGUUUCCUUUCGUCAGAGGAGUCGAGGAUUUGUUGGUGCUGUCGUUGGGGACCGGUUCAUUACUCGAAAUAAGCUACGAGUACGAAAAGGUCAAGAAUUGGAGGGUCAAAGAUUGGGCUAAACCGAUAGCUCGAAUAUCCGGAGACGGUUCAGCCGACUCGGUGGACCAAGCCGUUGCCAUGGCGUUCGGACAAUGCAGAAGCAGUAAUUACAUAAGAAUUCAGGCAAACGGGAGCAAUUUAGGGCGAUGUGGACCAAACGUAGAUACAGAUCCCAGCCCCAGCAACGUAAAGCUGCUGGCGGCCAUUGCCGAGGAAAUGUUGAAGCAAAAGAACGUCGAGUCGGUGUUAUUCGGAAGCAAAAAGCUGGCCGACAAAACUAAUUCCGAGAAACUCGACGCUUUCGCCGCUCAACUCGUGCUUGAACAUCAGAGGCGGAGUUGUAGGAUCGCUCCCACAGUUGCUUUCAAGCAACCUAACCCUAAACCCUCUCCCUAAGAAA